AUGCAAGCUGCUCCUAACCUAAGCUCCUCUUAUAUCCUCUGGGUUGUAGUCGUUCUGACCAUUGGGAAUUGGUUAUUUUUACAAGGACGUUCUCAGGUUAUACACUGUGAUGUACAAUGCCACUAUUUAAAUGUUUCUGUCAAGAGCAGCCAAGACUUGUUAGAAGACUGUAUUAUUGACCCAACACCUCCUUUUGUGUCCUUUAUUGGAUCACAUAAUGUAACAUUGAGAUGGGAUUUAGCGAAUAUAUCUGGAGCAACAUAUAUGGUUCAGAGCAAAUAUGUGAAUAUUCCAAGUGAAUGGGAGAAUACCAAGAUAAUAACAGAGGCUUUACAUACAAUAAGUAAUCUGCAACCUUACACAGAGUAUUUUUUCCGUGUCAUAUGGAUUAUUUGUCAGCUACAUUUCUACUCCCAGCCCAGCCCUGCCUAUCGGACCCUUGCAUUUGGAGUUCCUGCCUCCCCACCUCUGGUUGAAAGCCUUCACAGUUUUAGCAGCAACGCAAUAGAAGUCAGCUGGCUUCCUCCACUUUUCCCAAAUGGCCCAAUUGUUGGGUACAAUUUGAAACUUUCUGCUGAUGGGGAAAUCCCGAACCACAUUUCAGUGGGUGAGAAGCAACAUUUUCAGUUUUAUGGUACAAAACCAUCAACAACUUACAGGAUUUUUAUCACAGCAGUAAAUGUAGAAGGUGAAGGCCCUGUGGCAGAAGGUAAUAUUACUACGCUGGAAUCAUCAGUUUCAGAUCAGUCUCAGUGGUUCUUUAUGUCACGAAAUGACACUCUUAAACUAUGGGAAAACCUGGAAUAUGCUGUGCAUGAAGCUCAAUGUCUUACAACGCGCAGUACAAUACACAGUGUAUCUGUUAAUGUAUAUACCCAAGAAGUCUAUUUCUCAGAGAACAAUGCCAUUUGGAUGAAAGGAGCCAUUAACAUUACGGACACAUCUGACUUGAAAAUAUUUCACUCUGGCCAUGGGAACAUAACUUCCUUAUGUGUAGACUGGUUACAUAACAAGAUAUAUUUUAUUAUGUACAAACAGUUAUACACAUGCAGUUUAUUGAACUGCACUACUGCCAAUAUUCCAUUACAAGAUGUUCUGAAGCCCAAAAAGAUAGCAGUUGAUCCAUAUAAUGGAUAUUUGUUCCUUCUUCUGGAGGAUGGUAUUCACAGAAUGAUUCUCCCUGAACCUUCUAUCAUAAAAAAUGUAACAGAACAUAUUGUAAAACAAAAUGACAUUCAGGAUUUCAUCCUCACCGUCCAGUCCAAAAGAAUAAUAUAUGCCCUAAAUGCUGGCACAGGCACUUUUUACCUGAUGUCCGUUUUCUUAGAUGGCGCUGAUGAUAAACGCUUGAGACAAAUCAAUGGAGUAUCAAAUAGGGGAAUAAUAAGCUUUCUUUAUUUCAAUGACUCUUUAAUGUUCACUGAUGGAGACAAAGUGUUCUAUGAAGAAUUUGUAAUGAAUACUUACUGGUACAAUGAAUAUUUAGUAACCUGUAACACAGCGGCUCCAUCAUCAUCAGGCUAUAAUAACAUGAUAUUAUAUGGAGAGUCUACACAGCCAAUUCCUGUGCCAGGAUUUCCUGAACAUGUGUCGGUGGUAUUCGGGACAAAAUCCGCUGAAAUUCUUUGGAAGCCACCAAAGCAAACAGUUGGAGCCAGUCCGACAGCUUGGAAAAAGUGGAUAUAUAGAGUAUCUAUAUUAUCAAAACAUGGAGAUCAGCAGAUCAUCUCUAACACUAGUUUAACUGAAAUAAUAUUGACUGGUCUGGACAUAUCUACAUACUAUCAAGUGACGGUACAGGCAUCCUCACCUGCUGGCCAUAGCAAGUGGACAGAACCUGUGGUAGGAACAACUCUAUGUGCAGCUGAAGAGGAACCUUAUUUCCUAGCAGUGGGCUUUACUGGAAUAUGGAGGCAACCUCUAGACAGGUUUGGUGCUGGACAGCUGAUCUCUGACCAAGUCAGACAUGUAUCAGAUCUGGACUGGUACAAUGGCACCAUCUACUGGAGCAAUGGAACAGGUCACAUGUAUCUUUGGAAGAUGAGUAACACAACGCACUAUUCAGCUGUGCAUGUACCUGAGAUUAGGAGAGCUGGUCCCUUGACAUUUGAUUGGAUUGGACAAAACAUCUACUGGGCUGAUAAAGUGAUCCCUAAGAUUUACAGAAUAUCCCUAAAGACACGUGCAAGUGAAACAGUGAAAGUCACCUGGUAUCUGGUAAACAAUUUAGCAGUGGAUUCUGUCAAUGCUUUCUUAUACUGGACAACAGAAUACACAGUGGAGAGCAGCAGACUGAAUGGACAGGACCAUAUGAUUAUUCACAACUUAACAUUGUUUUCGGGUUCACAGGUGGCAGCCAUGACACUAAACCUUAAUGAUGGAAAGAUUUACUGGCUUGUUAAGAAUGGGAUGCACAUCAAUAUGUAUCACACGAACAUACUUAAAGAAGGAACUUUUGACAUGAAGAUUAUAGAACAUGCAUCAUGGGGUUAUUCAGAAAUUGCUCAACAAGCUUUAAUGCUGCAUUGUGAUAGACUCUUUUGGAUAAAUGGUCAAAAAUACAUUACAGUGCAAGAGGUCAACCAAAGCUUUUGUACACCUAUAUCCCAGCCUGCAGAAUUCACAAGUUUUACAUUGGUAUUGAAUGCUCUUAAACCAUUGCCAGGCAAUUUCUCUUAUGCCCCGGAAGUGAUACCUGACAUCAUAUUAAUCUCCUCCUUUGAAAUCAGAGGAAAUUAUUCAGAUUUUAUCAUUCAAUGGACAAAGCCAUCCAAUAUAGAAUAUGGAACAUUAUUCUAUUGUGUUAAGUCUGCAGUGCUACUGCUCCAGCGAGCGCGUGCCCUAGGGGACAAGGACAUGCGCGCCGGAGCAGAGAGGCAGAGGCUGGGACAGGAGAAGCAUCAGCUUGGAAGUGGAUAUGAUAAAUGUCUUACAUCUGAAGCAUUUACUGAAUCAUUCUAUACUGUAAAAGGACUGGAACCAUAUACAGAAUUUGAUUUUGCUGUCACUCCAUACACAUACUGGGGAAAUGGACCUACAACCUCACUAUUGCUCUAUUCACCACAAGGAGUUCCUUCCCCACCUUUAAAUCCUCGGGUAUACAGUUUACAAAAUACAAGCAUAUUUGACCCAAUGGACAUUGGUGUGGAGUUCAGAUGGGACCCUCCAAUGAAGAGCAAUGGUGUAUUGAUACAUUUUGCAAUUUCCUACAGAGUAAUAAAUGAAAGUAAGGAAGCCUAUACAGUUGGUGUGUGGGUUACUGUGAACACAUCAGUAUCAUCAUUUAUUCUGCAUGGUCUAAGUCCAGGACUACUUCUUAAGUUUCAGGUACGAGCUUACACUUCUGCUGGACCUGGACCAUUUUCCAAAAUGGUAGAAGCAUUUAUUUCAGAUAUCCACCCCACUCCAGUUCUGAUCAGCACAUCCCCCAAGAUGAUAACUUUUAAUGACAUGGACAGAAAACAACCAUUGUGGAAUUUAAAAGCCGAAAAUAUAAAGAUGAUUUGUUACAUAGCUCACGAAGCGAAACUGUUUUAUCUGGAUAACAAUACUCUCUUCUUGACAGAUUUAAAAAGCCAGGCUGCCAUUCCGCUAUUGGAGGAUGCCCGUCUCUCUGGAUGUCAAAGUAUGAUGGUAGACUGGAUUGCAAGGCAUAUUUAUGUUACUGUGCAUUCAGAAGAGAACGGUACACAACUAUUCUUGAUUGACCUGGAGCAAAAGGAUAAAGUUCUAAACCAUCAUAACACAUCAGCGGUGUCACCAAAGCUCACCCUACACACUAUUGUAGCCUACCCACUGCUUAGCCGAAUUUAUUGGAUAGACUCUUGGGAUAAUCGUAACAGACUUUCAUUCUAUGAAAUAAUGAAUGAUACAUUAGUAGGUAUUUUGGGAUAUAAUAGGACAAUAAUUCCUACUUCUGAAAAUAAUUGUGACUGCAAUGAGAAUAAUUGUGAUCUAGGAACCAUAAUUGCUUUAGGUACUUCAGAUAAGAAUAUCCCGUACAUAUUCUUCCUAUGUAAUGCCACAUAUAUCUGGGCUUCUGAUUUGGAUGGCUGCCAUUGCUGGAAAGUGAUGAGUGUUGCUCCUUUGCCAGGUACAUCAAUAACCAGUCUUUCAUUGGAUGACUAUUUUAUUUACUGGAGUACUCAAGAAAAUGGAAAUACAAAUAUUUAUUAUGCAAGUAAAAGUGAUAAGGUUCCAAUUUUGUUACAAACAAUACAUGAUGUUGUACAGGUUACAGCAUACAGCACCUCUCUGCAACCCUUCCCAAACAAAGAAUGUCUGAUAUUGGCUUUACCUAUUGAUAAACCCACCAUAUUGAGAACUACAAAUACAAGCAUAACAUUGCAUUUACCUUCAGUUAUGACGGAAGUAAUCUGUCCCCUUAUAAUGAGCUGUACACCAACAUACACAGUUAUAUAUAGAAAACUCCUGAAUGGCGACCACAUGGUUCGGACUUAUUUUACAGACAUCAAUGACACAACAUUAGAAUUUCAGGAGCAGUUAGCAACCAUCCCUGAGUUGCAGCCCUUUUCGGUCUAUGAAUUUGAAGUCAGUGUAAGAAACUAUUAUUUAUUUCUGCUUAAUCAACAACCAUUAGAAGCCACAAUCACUGGGAAGACAUCUUAUGGAGUGCCUGGACCAGCGAAAAUUAAGGAUGUGACUAUUAUAUCAGAUUCUGUAGUCAAUAUCAGUUGGACAGAGCCAAAUGAGCCAAAUGGUCCCCUCGAUAUAAUUCGAUAUCAGAUUAAAGCCAACAAUUUGCCGCCAAUCCCUGCCUCUCCAUUGAAAAAAAGUGAAUUUCCAAGCAAUAUCUUAUCAUGGUCUUUAGAUAGUCUUCAAGCUGGAACUGAAUAUGAGUUUAAGGUCCUUUCAUUUCAUUCAGAUGAGGACUGGUAUUCGGAAAGUAGUGCUGUUUAUGACAAAACAUUUAAUGCUCCAACUGCUCCAUACAACAUUGUUGCGGGGAAUGUAAGUUUAGUACUAGAAUGGAGAGCUCCAGAUGUAUCCAUACAAGAAUUCUGGUUUCAACUAAAGGAGUUCACAGGUCUCAAUAUGUAUAUACCAGAAAAUCAAUACUGCACACAAGGAUUGAUCUACACCUGCACCCUAAUGGGAGUUGUGCCAAAUACAAUCUACCACGUAGAAGCUGUGGUUCGUUUUUCGACUGGAGCCCAGAGUGUUUCUCCACCCACAAAUUUCAAGACAUUAGCUGGUGUUCCGAGUAAACCAGGAAUUCCCCAAAAAGUGCUUGGCAAUGACAAUACCAUCCAGUGGAAAACUGCCAUUGAUAAUGGUUGUAACCUCACAUAUAAUAUACUAGAGUACAGGCAGGUUACUGAUGUUAGAGAGUCAGUCCAGUGGAAAUUGGCAUACAAUGGCUCAUGUCAUGAUAUUUGUAUAUGGAAGUCUAAAGCUUUGGAUGGAACCUUCUACUUUAGAGCGGCUGCUGCCAACAUAAUAGGCCUUGGAAAUUACAGUGACACAAGCAACAAAAUUCAGCUACAUACAGAGACCAGUUCUUUUGAUAACAUCGGGGUUAUUGUUGGCUCUGUCUUAGGUGUUCUUCUAGUCCUUAUAAUAAUGAGUGUUUUUGUUAUUUACAUGCGAUUGAAGAAAAAACGAAAUAAACACAGCCAAAACAGAGAAAACAUAGACAUCAUGCAAGAGGAUAAAGAGCUCGCUAAGCUGCGUGGACUGUCCAAUGCAGUUGGUUUAGCUAAUGCUUGCUAUGCUAUAAGUACUCUACCAACAAAAAGUGAAAUGGAAAACUUACCCAGCUUUCCUCGAGAGAAUUUAGAACUCUGUGUUUUCUUGGGAAGUGGAGCAUUUGGGGAAGUAUAUCAAGGCACUGCUAAGGAUAUCCUUGGUCCUGAAACUGGAACUCAGAAAGUUGCUGUAAAGACUCUAAAAAGUGAUGCAACAGACCAGGAAAAAGUGGAAUUUCUGAAGGAAGCACAUUUGAUGAGUCAGUUUCACCAUCCCAAUAUCCUAAAGCUGCUUGGAGUCUGCCUUUAUAAUGAACCUCAGUACAUUAUCCUGGAAUUAAUGGAUGGUGGGGAUCUGCUGUCAUACUUGCGAGGAGCUCGGGCAAAUACCCUUUUUCAAGAUACAUUGUUGUCAACUGUGGAUCUUCUGGAUAUGUCUCUGGAUGUUUCUAGAGGCUGUACAUAUUUGGAGAAGAUGCAUUUUGUCCACAGAGACUUGGCUGCCCGCAAUUGCUUGGUAUCAGUGAAAGAAUACAAACACCCAAGGAGAAUGGUGAAAAUUGGGGAUUUUGGCCUAGCUAGAGAUGUCUAUAAAAGUGAUUAUUACAGAAAGAAAGGAGAAGGACUUCUACCUGUUCGAUGGAUGGCUCCGGAAUGUCUCAUUGAUGGCAUAUUUACCACUCGCUCUGAUGUUUGGUCAUUUGGUGUUCUUUUAUGGGAAGUUUUCUCUUUCGGACAACAACCUUAUCAAGGAUAUUCCAACAUGGAGGUUUUACAUUAUGUGCGUUCUGGACAGCGAAUGGACUCACCAGACAACUGCCCUGAUGACAUGUGUGACAUGAUGCUGAAAUGUUGGGCUCAAAAUCCUGCUCAGAGACCCAACUUUGCUCAAAUUCAAAAACAGCUUGAAGAAUUGAAAGGUUGCUCUUUAAGAUGCACUCGACCCAAAAAGAAAAGAUUGCUUGUGGGAGGCAUUGAUAAUGCAGGUUUUGAAGAUACAGAUGCUAGUGUUGUGGAAUCAGCUUUAGAAGAAACUGGCUCAUUGACCCUUACAGAAGCGAGAAAUGUAGAUGGCCUCAAUUAUCUAAUGGUAACUACACCAUAAAGCAAUGAAAACAGGGAAAAAUCUUGAUAUCAUCAAAAAAAAAAAAAAAAAGAAAGCCUUGAAUACUCUGAACACUCGGUAAUUUCCAGAAAUAUUUGUAUGUAGCCAGGGAAAAUGGAUGUAACCGAUUCAUUAAAUUGAUGUCUUUAUUACAGGUAAAAAAGAAUUUAGUAACAAGUUCUGUUGACGCUUGUCACAAAUAAAACAAUUGCUAUUGUGUAUGAUUGUUUACUAUUGUUUUUUGUUUAGAAUUUUAUGGUAGUAUUUCCUUUGACUAGUAAAAAAGAAUAGACUUGUUUCCUAAAACCAGCUAUACAAAUUAGAUGCGUUU